GCGAUUGCAUUCGUAAAGCAUGUUUGAUGAAAAAGGGUGCUUAGGCAAAUAUUUAGCUAGAGAAAAAAUGAAUUGGUCAUUACGUGUGCGAAAUAUUUUUUAGGCUAUUCCGGUUUACAGAGACGGCAUUCUAAUGUAAGAUAAAUUGAAUGUACUGAAUGUGUAAUAGCUACAGUGGAUGAAUAUUGUUAGCUUGAAUGGUUGGCUAGCUAGCUAAACAUCGGGACUACUAAAUCAACAUUGCAUUGUAGCCUAUCGGAUAUUUUAACGUUCCAUAAUGUAAUGUCAAGUGGAUGCAACGUUACAUUGAUGUUGAUGUCUCAUUGAUUGAACUGAACGAGAGAGGGAAUGUAUUCCGAUACAACCACAGAGACGAGUAGAGGAAUUUGAAUCGACAUAAUCCAUCUGCAGCGGGGCAUCGGGACGGAUGAUGAUGGCUUCGUGGCGACGGACAGCAGCUCUCAUCUGUUUACAAUGGGUGUUCCAGUACACCCUGUGUCGCGAGGUAACCCUUCCCUCCGGACCCCUAUACCGCGUGGCAGGGUUCUCCCUCUCCAUCCCCUGUGCUGUAUCAGGCUACGAGGGUUCCCGAACGCAGGACUUUGAGUGGUUCCUGUACAGGGAGGACUCCCAGGGGAGACAGAUGGGGGUGAUCUCCACCAGGGACCCUGGGUUUCCCUACGCACCCUUCCAGGCGCGGGUGAGGUCCGGGGAGGUGAGGGUGGAGAGGGACUCGGGGGACAAGGCCAGGCUGGUGUUCCAGAGGCUACGCGCAGAUGACCAGGGACGAUACGAGUGUUACACACCCAGCACAGACUCCAAAUACCAAGGCAACUACAGUGCCUCGGUCGCUGUCAAAGUGAUUCCAGACACUCUCCUGAUUAGCUACUCCCGGUCUCUGACUGGCCAACCCGUGCCAGAGGGUGCGGAGAUAACUCUCACCUGCUCCGCCGCCGUCCAAUCAAAACAGCACACCCACCUGUCCAUCACGUUCGGCGUGCGUGUCGGUGGUAGCGGGUCGGGGUCGGGGACACCGAGAGAAAUCAUAGCUAUCGAUAAGGAACUGAGCGUGACUCCUGGCCGAGGGGACUCCUACCAGAAGAGAUAUGACGAUGGAGAGAUAACGCUGGUGAAGAAGAGUGGAGAUGGAGGGAGAGAUGUCUACGUGAUGAGGCUGAGCGCCGUGGCCCCGGAGGACUCAGGGGCCUACUUCUGUGAGGCGUCGCAGUGGAUCCUGGACCCUGAUGGAGCGUGGCAGAAGAUCGCUCAGAGGACCCUGGAGAUUGGCAACCUGACGGUCCAACCACUUGCUGACUCCCUGACCGUUACGUCCACUCCGCGAGGUGAGGUAACUCUCCAGUUAGGCUCCCCCCUCACUCUGACCUGCGAGGUGUCUGGUUUGGCCCCUGGGGGCCGCUCGGGCCUGCUGGUUCAGUGGAUGAGGAGGGGCACUGUGAGCAGCGAGGACAGGGCAUUGACGGGUGGAGGUGUGGAGGUGGAGGUGGCCCGGUACGGGCCAGACGGGGUGGUGAGCUGGGGGGAUGACUCCAGCCGGGGGGGUCGGAGUGGAGGGGGUUCCAUGGAGAAGGAGGUGGAGGGACGGUACUCUCUCAGGUUGUUCUCUGCCCACCCAGCUGACACGGGGGUGUACCGCUGUGCUGUGAGCGUCUACGCUGGGAGGCUUAACCCGGGACCCUCCAGUGCUGCUACCCUCACACAGAGGUCAGAGGGGGUCGCCGUCAACCUCAAGACCAAAGAGGUCAAGGUGUCAGCAGUAGCCAACCUUCCCCGCGGCCCCCUCCUGAAGAGAGGUGAUACCGUCACCCUGCUCUGCAACGUAUCCGUGGUAACCACCGGCCCUGCACAGGUGGAGGUCCAAUGGCUGCAGAGGGCGGUCCUCCCGGCCCAGGAGGGUGGGGCUACAGCAGGGGGUGUGAUCAUAGAGAAGGGUGGUGACAAGCCGUCAGUAGAGGAGAAGGGGACGGUGUUAGCCUCUCUUACCUAUGAGGGCCUGUCCAGGCCAUAUAAGAACCACAGCUCUGAGGUCAGUAUGGACCGGGUGUCUCCAGGCACCUACAGGUUAAGGAUCUUCUCCGCCCAGGACCAGGACCAGGGCCUGUUUGUCUGCCAGGCUGAGGUGUGGGGACAAGACCCCCAUGGAGGAUGGUACAACACCGGGGCCAAGGCCCAGUCAGAGGGUGUCAGGGUCUACCUGUACGCCAGAGCGGCCGACCUGCUCCUCAUCCCCUUGGUUGUGGGCGUGUCCUCUGCCUUGUUUGUGGGCGUGGUCAUCAUCGCCACGGUAACCUGUUGCUUCAUGAAUCGAUUGGCUAGGCAGCGCUCCCCGAAAUAGGAAGUAGGAAGUCACGACAACGUAUAACGUAUAAGUUCACUGAAUGGUCAUCGACGAAGAGGUAAAAAAAAAAGAUCGAAAAUAAAACAACUAG